AUGCACAUUUACGGCAGAGAUCAACAAGCUUUUAGGCUGCGACGCUCGUAUGGAGAGAGGUUUUUACUGCACUGUUUUACCUUCGUUAGUUGUGUACAGGUUGCAUGUUUUCUUCUUGCCAUUAUUCGUACCUCCAACGCUGCUGGAAAUUCCAUGGAUAACAAUUUUUUCUUUAGCACCUCACUAAAACUGAAACCGUUUUACCUAGAUGAGGCAUGUGGGAUAAGGAUCACAUACUCUAGAACAUUCUUUUCCGGUGUAACUUUUCUAUUGGAUCCAUCGAAUGUAACUUAUAUUGUAAGUAGAUGUGCAACGAAUAUACGAUUGCUCUUUACAUGUGUUGCAUUACAUCUAGUUGUGUGCGUAAUAAAUCGUACAAGUGUCUGGGCAGGUGUUCGAGAUGUACGCUAUCAUUUUGUUGUUCUUCGCAAAGAUCUCUUUACAAUGUGGGAGUUAUUUCUCAUGGUUGUUUCUUUUGUAUUAUUGUGGACUGUGAAUUCGGAAAACCGGAUCUUGGUGCUUUAUCUAAGAAGUUGUGGCUAUUCUUCAGCAGGGACAUUUAGUCAAAUAUUGCCAUACACAGAGCUAUAUGUUUCUCUCUUCAUUUCACUGGCUAUUUGGGUAUUAAAUGCCAUUGCAGGAAUUUUUAUGAAAUGUAAGAAAAACCCACGAGAUAAAUUGCUUAAGGAAGAAAUCGCCCAACGAGAAUUGUUAAAUCAAAUGAAUGAGUUCAAUAUAGAGAAUGGUGUUCAUCAUAACCGUGAACAUCAUUUAACAAGUACGAUGGGUUAUCAUGAAGGUGGAGAGCCCGUGUUGGCAUCCGCGGCCACACAUGAGAUGCCAACUUUAGAGACACAACUCCCGCCAAGAGGUUCAGUCGCUGCGGCGACGGCUCGAACUUCUCAAAGUGUUCUUCCUGCCGCUGUGGCCGCUGCGGCUGCGGCUCCCUCCUCCUUUUCGUUUGGGCCGAGUGUCAGCCGGCCGCAGACCCCAACCACCGUCGGGCUCGAUCCCCGCGGCUUCCCACACGUGGACAGUGCCGCUGAUUUGGCGGCGAACGUCUCGUGGAGAAGUCGCGAUUUGACGGACCGCGUCGCCUCGACCUCCGCCGUCAUUCCGGUCGUCCCAACAGGCACCGGCACCGGCACCGGCACCGGCUCAUCCUCCCGGUUUCAACCACCACCUCCUCCACCAUCAGCCAAUGCGAGAAGAUCCGGGCAACACGAUGGUGCCACAGAAGAUACUGUAGAAUUAUAG